ACCCGCCAGUGGAAGGGGGGCAAGAGCAAUGAUGAUCUCACGCUCGCUGAUGAUUCCGUGAACGGGAGGGCCGGCGCCGUAGCAUCGGCGGGCGUUCGCGUAUACACACUCUCCAUUCAUGAGGCAGUUCGCGCCACCGGCGAAGGUCUGAUCACGUUGGUUCAUUCAGGGAUGUUGUUGAGUCAAGUUUGUUUCGGGUGUUGUGCAUCGGGAGUAGCAUUGCAGUGGACGUCACGCGCUGAGAUCACAGUACAAAAUUCAACAACAGAGCCUGAACAAAAGAAACCAUAUUCCGCUCGGACUUGGCCACAGAAGACAUGUAACGACUUACCUUGAAGCCAUUCCAAAAUCAUAAUAUACGAACCAUAGGGGCGAAGUAGUUUAACGAAUCUCCUACAGGCAACGUAACCAUUGCCCACCGAAAGGCACACAACCAUGGAAGGACUCGCAGAAAACGCACUGCCUAACAUUAACUGCCGGCAGACUGAGAUGAACCCAUGUAGCGAGCGGCCGCCUUGUGCCGCAGGCUCCAUAGCUCAGGGAAACCUCUCGACGAGCGAGAUAAUCGAAUCCUUUUGGAGGACACUCGAAUUCCUCAAGCAGGACCUUCUUCGAAGCUCACCAGGUACACUACUUCGCAGAAAAUCCCAGAAUGAUAGCGAUUGUAGCCCAACAAGCACGUCGUCAUCGCCGUGCAACGACUGUACCUCCAACAACGACACUUCAGCACAGUGCUUGCUUGAAGAGCAGGUUUCUUCGUUCGAUUUAGCAUCUUCGCCGAGCUUGUACGAUGAUUCUUGCUGGACGAAAGCGGAGGAAGCCUCGCGAGAGAACCGGGUCAACCCUUUGGAGCCUGAAGACUGGGACGAAGGCUUUGCUAGCGAGGUUGAAUCUCUCGUACCGGAAAAGCGGCGUCCUUCGGAAACAGUCGGUGAAUCAGCGGCCGGACGUGAAUCAGCUCCCUGCUUCGAGCCGAUGACUCCGUGCUCGGCCCAGGACGGCGAGUCGGAGGAUGAGGAAGAGCAGGUGCGAUUACCAGCAGAUCCAACGAAGUGGGACAGCAACGACAUCGUCGCCUGGCUUGGUUGGGUGAGCCGAAAGUUUGGACUGGAGUCGCUGGACGCGUCUAAAUUCCCCGACUCCGGGGUCGCGCUCUGCGCCCUCACUCUGCAUGAAUUCCGGCAGAAGACUGGAGACGUUCGAGCAGCUGACAUUCUCAACACGUUCCUUGCUUCUCGAAAGCUUGAUUCCGGCCUCUUGAAGGAACCCUCUGUGGACUCUCCUUUUAGCCCCGAAAUAGGCGAAGCACGAGCAACUGAUGAAGAUCAAACUUCUUACUCGGAGGCCCUACGGAAAACUGGUUGGCCAACGAGCUCUCCCGCAAAUGGAGGAUACGACCACCAGACAUCGGUUUCACCGUGUUUCGGUGGCCAACCCCUGUCGACUUCAUCGAAAUCUGAUCCUCAGUCGCCGCAGCGGUCUCCCACACCUGAUUCGUUUCAAAUGUUCCGCGCUGCCAGUGCAAGGUUCGCCUCUCAAGGAAGCGGUCAAAUCCAGCUGUGGCAAUUUCUCCUUGAACUUCUGUCUGACAGCAGCAACGCGAACUGUAUUACAUGGGAAGGCCAAAACGGCGAAUUUAAGCUGAUCGACCCCGACGAGGUCGCGAGACGGUGGGGUGAACGCAAGAGCAAGCCUAACAUGAACUACGACAAGCUGAGUCGAGCUCUACGGUACUACUAUGAUAAGAACAUAAUGACCAAAGUUCACGGCAAAAGGUACGCGUACAAGUUCGAUUUCCAUGGCCUUACACAAGCACAGCAGCCACCAACGACGGAGACAUCAGCCGCCUACCGUCUGCAGACCGAACUUUUCUUGCCUCACUACCGUAGCAACUACAUUGGAACACAAGCGCCAACUGUCGGCUUACCACCUUCUGCAGCUGCAGUGCGGAGUCCUUAUUGGACAACAGGAGCUUCUGGGCCGUGUAACCUCUACCCAAACCUCUCUGGUCACUCCUUGUCUCAUUCCAGCCACAGAGCAAACGGCUUGGGGCAUUACUACGCAUGACACUGGUACCAGGACUGCGAUCUCCUAGCAACAAGAUUACCCAAAUGACUUACCUAUCACGCUGAGAUCGAAGGCAUCGUUAAGACACCAGACGUGAUAGCUAGUGACAACAUGGUGCGCCAUGGACGCUUUGUGUCAUCUGUGUUGCCGAGUCCAUUCUGGUGGUGUUCAUUUCGCGUUCCAUCGUCAUAUUAGACAUCUUGUCGGACAUGUGCACGUCGUUACUUAUAGUUCAACGCUCCUGGCGGUGCAACGAGCAGUACAACUGGAAAAAUUUACCUGAAAGGAGAUAUGUGUGAGGAGACUGCGAAAUGGGAAGAUAUCUUCUUCACCUAAGGACUGCGGCGCUGGCGGUAAAGCGUCGUUUGACAAAGUGAUCUUAAGAAGGCAUUUAAAGGGACGGCGGUGUUGUUAUUUUGACACUAUACGGAUGAUUGUGUGAACGGCACGGUGAAAAUGUUUUCCUCCUUGACAGUUGUUGGUUUUCUUGGUGUGAUGAAGUGUGAUUGGAAUACUCACUGAACAGUACAAGACCGUCAGAAGUGUACAUGUACAAGUUUUUGUCUUUUUUGAAGAACUGUGUGCAUUGGCUAAUAAGAAUUGCUCGCAGCAUGCUGAAGUGCAGAAAUGAAGCGAAGCGCGGACAGACAGUUUCGGUACGAUCUCGCAUUUAUGAUACGCAAUACAAGCAUAUAUAUAGAGAAGGCAUACUGUAAUCUGAAAUGUUAGUUUGAAAGGCACACAAAACAUGCCUGUGUAUCAUAUCAUGCCCUUCAGCGAUUGCGAAACCUUUGACGUCUGGACACGAAACUAGGGCUUCAAAGGGCUUGUGAAACUCGAUCGACAACCACCAAAUUAUGCACUAAAAAGAAGGCCGCAGCGCUGACAUGUCGAAACUAUCUAGAAUAUAUCAGUAACUUCAUUGAAAUGAAAGGCAAGUUAAUUUAAACUAUGUUGACAAAAAUAUAUGUAUAUAGACUGAGCCUUACAGCAGAACAAUGUAGUGAAAGCUGAAGUGCAUAAGGGUUGACUGUAAGGAGUCUCACGAGUUCCAUCCUUCAUUCCACCACAUUGGGUGAACAUCAAGAGAAAACCUUGAACUACCCGUCCAAUGCUAUGUACUUCAUGCUAUGUAUGCAUCUUCAGUACAUUGUGCUGCACGCUAUGGGGAGAAGGUUGCAGCCUUACUGCCUACGUGAUUUUUGUUUUGUCACUCAGGGAAAAGUGCAUACGGGGCGCAAUGCACGUGUCCGGUGAGCUUCAUGCCCAGCAAAAGUGAAAAGAAUAAAAACCUUUUUUGCUAGA